CUUUUUGGCACUGUCGCGGGGAUCCUUUCAUAAAAGAGCCAUUCACGAUCCUUUCUCGCACUUUUCAAGCUUCCGUAACGCUAAUAACGGCCUGUUAUACUCAUAUCGUCAUUGUCAAACACGCUAUCCUUAUUUGCUCAUUCUACGUACCCAAAGUGUUAACAUUAUCGACAAAAAGCGCUGGGCAAGAUGCAAGCACCUUCUCCUGAUCACUCCGCCGCAGACGGUAUAAACGGCCCAUUGAAUCCCUUUGUCGUUACCCCCCCUCCGCCGGACGGUAAAGACGAUGAGAUCCCCGGCUACGUGACAAGGUUUGGGGCAUACCAUACUUUGAUCAAGGACCGACCUUCCAGCCGGUACGUUGCUUCCAAGGGGGGCAAACUUUGCAAUGCAGUCAACGAUAGAUUUUGGAUUGCACUUUCCCGAAAGGCACAAAGGUUCCCGGCGGAUUCCUUCUUCCUGUGUCCGUUGUGAAGAAACAGGAGCCCAAGAAAGCCCCGCCUCCCUCUGAGAACCCUCUGUGCAUAGUACAAUAGAUAUAAAUGUAUGCGCAUAUGAAUGAACAGUGGCUGAGAUUGGCUGCUGUAUGCAUGGAAACAUCGAAUAGUACAAUCAACGUAGUUCGUUCGUACGUCGGCAGCAGACGGAGCGAGCGAGGAGAA